AUGAGUGUUAGCUUAAACGCAGUUAAUGAGACUAGGAGGCAGAAAGUCACUGCGCCAGAACGAGGCAAGGUGAGCGGUGCUAGUGGGGCGAAACGUAUAGGACGAAAGACCAACUGUCUUUCGAGCAUACAUCAAAGCAUUUGCCAAAAUCGCAGCAGCAAUAAUCCUACAUUGCAAUGUCUUGCGCGGAAGUAUACAACUAUUUCGGCGUCCAAUCGGCUCUUGAAUUGCGGAAUUUAG